GGCUAGCGCGCGGGGCAGGUCCCGACAGCGGGUGCGGGUGGCCGCGCCCCCCUACCCGUCCGCAUGGAGUCGGGGGGUCGCCGCGGCCUGGCCUCGGCGGGGGGGCCGGUCUCGGCGACCCCGAUGCUAAGGCAGGAUUCGGGGACCGGGGCUGAGGCGCGGGCUCGCGGCCCCGGUGCCGUCGGAGCCCGUCGCUUCCUGCUCUGUCUUUACCUGGUGGGCUUCUUGGAUUUGUUUGGUGUCAGCAUGGUCGUCCCUUUAUUGAGCCUUCAUGUCAAGUCUCUUGGAGCAAGUCCAACAGUUGCUGGAAUAGUAGGCUCCUCCUAUGGCAUUUUGCAGCUCUUUUCCAGCACACUGGUGGGCUGCUGGAGUGACGUGGUUGGAAAACGGUCUUCCUUGCUGGUGUGCAUUCUGUUCAGCGCCCUGGGUUAUCUGAUUCUUGGAGCAUCCACCAGUGUGUUCCUGUUUGCCCUUGCUAGAGUCCCUGUAGGUAUUUUUAAACAUACCCUCUCCAUUUCAAGGGCUCUGCUUUCUGAUCUGGUUGCAGAGAAAGAACGGCCCCUAGUAAUUGGACAAUUCAACGCAGCAUCUAGUGUGGGCUUCAUCUUGGGCCCCAUGGUUGGUGGAUAUCUUACUGAGCUAGAUGGUGGAUUUUAUCUGACAGCCUUCAUCUGUUUUUCUGUCUUCAUUCUCAAUGCUGGUCUGGUUUGGCUGUUUCCCUGGUGUGAAGCGAAGCUCUCCGGUGCAGAGAAGGGCCUGCCAGCGAGGAAGGACUCUGCACCCUGGGGGAGGACGGACGGGCACGGGCAGGGAGCAGCCACCCCCCGCCAGCGCACGGCCAGCGCCAGGCCUGCCAGGCCGCCGUGGCUGGAGGUCGCAUCCACGCUGCGCGACAUGAAGAGCCUCGUAUUUUCCGAGAUGUGGGACCUCUUCGCGGUGCGCUUGCUGAUGGCCGUGGCGGUCAUGCUGUACUACAGUAACUUUGUGCUGGCCCUGGAGGAGCGCUUCGGGGUGCGGCCGCGGGCGGCGGGCUACCUCAUCAGCUACAGCGGCGCGCUGGGCGCCCUGGCCGGCCUGGCGCUGCGGCCCCUGCUGCGGCUGUACCGGCACGACGGCCGCGCCAUCCUGAUGCACUCGAGCGCGCUCACCUGCCUGCUGCUGGGGCUGCACGCCGCCGCCCGCUCCGUGGCCGUGGCCGUGCUCUGCUCCUCGCUGCUGGCCGUGUCCACCGCCGUGGGCAGGACCUGCAUCACCGACCUGCAGCUGGCGGCGGGCGGGGCGCGGGCCAGCGGCGCGGUCAUCGGCGUGGGGCAGUCGGUGACGGCCGUGGGCCGGAUCAUCGCCCCGCUCCUGUCGGGGCUCGCGCAGGAGGUGAGCCCGUGCGGGCCCCCCAGCCUGGGGGCUGUGCUGGCCCUCGUGGCGAUUUUCCUCAUGUCCCUCAACAGAGCCCGCUAUGGCGGCGGCGGCGGCGGUGGUGGCGGUGGUGGGAGUGACCGAUUAAAACGUGCGUAGCGUGGAACUGGAUGGAGGAUACCAACUCUGAGGCCGGGAAGGGUGGUUUCCCAGCGGGUGUGCUUCGGGGGCAGACGCCCAGGGCUGAGCAGAAGUCAGAGCCUUGUCAAAGGGGAAGGUAUUAUUAAACCGUAUGUACAAGUCUCGUCUUCGAACCGGCCAGUGGGGUUAAAGCUUUCCAGGGGGGAUCCCUACCAGCUUCAGGACAGGAAGAGGGUGGUGGGAUUACAGAAGGUGAUGUGCUCCCCUGCUAAGUAAAAAAUAGGGUAAGCCAUUAAUAACAUGACCGGCUGGGUUCAUGUCACCUUGGAUAAGUAAGCUGAGAGGGGGGUUUUCUGCUAUCAGAAUCCUAGAGAUUAAAUAAGCUACUUUAUUGAAAUUAGCCUGUCCCUUCCUCAAGUUAUAACAAGGUUCCACCUGGGAAGCUGCGGGAAAAUCACAUGGCUGGCCUCACCCCCAGACAUUGAUUCUGCGGGCCCUGGGGAGGCCCAGAAACCUGUCCUUAAUAAGCAAUACUGCACUUUCUCAUGGAGGCAGAAAAAGGGUCGUUUGGAGACAUACUGGUUUUGAGUCAAGUCAAAGCCAGAGACUUGGUUGUGUUUAUUGAUAGCUAACUCAGUUUGAACUAUUAAGAUUAUGUGAUCCCAGUGUGUUACCUUCUCCCCAGCUCUUGGCAGUCAUGCUCCAUAGUAGGAGAAACAGGUUCAUGGAGCCUGUCCCUUGUGUCCACUGCCUUGGAGGUCCCAUGCUCUGCAGAGAGCUGAGGUUGUCCGUCUGGCUAGUUCUCCCUGGAUAUCAGGCAUGAACUGCUUCCAGAAGCCGAUGCUCUGUUGGGCUGCAUCGAUUGGAUGAUGGUAGAGCCCAGUGGAAAAGACAAAGCACAGGAAUGCCUUUAAGAUGAACGUCUCGUGCAGUGUAGGAGAGUCUGGUGUCAUGACUCAUCAGACGGACUUAACUCUACGGCGUCUUAUGUUGAAAGUCAUUUCUUUUCUCUCAUUUUAAUAUCCUACCUGAGAAUGAAAGAGCUACACUGAUCUACAGGGAAAAUGCCUUUUCCUAGGCCUAGGCUAAACGGUCAUUCCCAGGGUCCAGCUGAGAGGCUCAGAGUGAGGGUUAGCAAACUCAAAGGGAAGCAUCUGUGUGGUUCUUGCUACUUGGAUGAUGUCACCUAUUAAUAAUUAUAUUGGAGCUCCCCCCUCUUCUCCCCAUGCAAACUACCGAAGUUCACAUUCCUUUCAUUCUUUUUGAUUGGUCCACUAGGAAAUUAUUCGUUCUCAACCUAACACAUGUAUAAUUAUAAAUGUAUUGUAUGUAAAGCAGAAAAAAAAAAUGUUUCUCUAGUUUUUGAAGUUGUGUAUGGGGUAAACUCAAAUAUUUAUGAUAAAGAAUUAAUGGGAUGUUUGAAGAUUGUCCUUUCUCCUAUCCAGCUACAAGGAAAAUAUUAACUUUUUAUUAAGUGUUGUAAUUGUGAACUUUUAUACAAGCGCUAAGCGCUUUUGAGGAAAGCAAAAUAUAAUAUAAAACGGCAUGGCCCAUAAGGAGCACACCAAAUCGUCAUAGAGGUUAUACUCAAAGGACAAGAAGUAAUCAAGGGUUUAUGCAAUGAAGUAGAAUUUCUCCAAAGAUUAUCUUUUCUGUGAACUCAGAAACAGCCAAGUUUCUUAGACAUUCUUUAAUGUAGUCAUUAUUAAAUUUUUGAAAUCCUAGCACUUUAUUUUUGAAGUUAAAUAAAGCCUAUAAAUUUAUUAAGGCUUUACAGUUAAUCAGAUACAUGGAAAUACUGAAAACCAGGGUUGAUCUUCAUAUAGAGAGUAGAGAAACAUUUUUGUUAUUCUCCACACUCAUGUGGGUUUUUUAAAGAUAAAUAUUAUACAGGCAUACCUCAUUCUAUGGCACUUCAUUUUAUUGUGCAUCACAGAUACUGCGUUUUUUUACCAAUUGAAGGUUCGUGGCAACCGUGUGUUGAGUUUAUCAGCACCAUUUUUCCACCAGCAUUUGCUCACUUUGGGUCUGUCACAUUUUGGUAAUUCUCACAGUAUUUCAAACUUUUUCAUUAUAUUUGGUAUGGUGAUGUGUGAUCAGUGAUCUUUGAUGUUACUGUUGUAAUUGUUUUGGGGUGCCAUGAACCGUGCCCAUAUAAGGGGGUGAAUUUAAUCGAUAAAUGUACGUGUUCCAACGGCUUCACCACCUGGCUCGUCACCUGUCUUUUGCCCUCUCCUCGGGCCUCCCUAUUUCUUGAGUCGCAACAAUAUUGAAUAUUGAAAUCAGGCCAAUUAACAACCCUAAGGUGGCCUUAAGGUGAAAGGAAGUGUCAGCCGAUGUGGCAAACUUCCUCGCUGUCUUACUUUAAAAAAUUGCCACAGGCCAUCCCAGCCUUCAGCAACCACCACCCUGCUCAAGAUUGAGAAAAGACCCCCCACCAGCACAAAGAUUGCCACUUGCUGAAAACUCAGAUGAUGGUUGGCAUUUUUUAGCAAUGAAGUCUUUUUAAUUAAGGUAUGUACAUUGUUUUUUAGACAUAAUGCUACUGUAAAUUUAAUAGGCUACAGUAUAGUAUAAACAUAAUUUUUUUUUUAAAGAUUUUAUUUAUUUUUUUGACAGAGAGAGACACAGCGAGAGAGGGAACACAAACGGGGAGUGGGAGAGGGAGAAGCAGGCUUCCUGCAGAGCAGGGAGCCCGAUGCAGGGCUCGAUCCCAGGACCCUGGGAUCAUGACCUGAGCCGAAGGCAGACGCUUAACCAACUGAGCCACUUAGGUGCCCCUAAACAUAAUUUUUUAUGUACGCUGGGAAACCAAAAAAUUCAUUUGACUCACUUUAUUACAAUAUGUACUUUAUUGUGGUGGUCAGGAACCAAGCCCACAAUAUCUCUGAUGUGUGCCUGUAGUUCCUCUUAAAAAGUCUGAUGUGUGAAUAUUCAGAAAUGUGUUCCAGAACCAGCAGCAUCCACAUUCCCCUGGAGCUUAUUAAACAUGCAGACACUUACACCCCAGCCCGGACCUGCUGGGAACCAUUCUCACAAGAUUCCCACCUGCUCUGUGUGCACAGUAAAUUUUGAAAACCACUGGUCUGUAGACAGUAUUUAUAUAAUUUAUGGAAUAUGAUCUCAGGGAAAUUAAAUCUGCUCAACUAAA